GCCAGUCAUUAGGGAAUAUCUUAUUGAGAUAAACAUAUAAUAUAAUAAUUAUAGUUAUUAUGCAUUAAAUGCACAACCGUCAUCAUCUUCAGUAAUUGUAAUUUUGAUUAUUUUACAUCGAUUGCGCAUCAGUUGUCCAAAAUCUUUUUAGAUGUAUAUAAUCAUACGUACGACAACACAAUGAAGUGCCACUAUGAAGUAUUAGGAGUUGCAAGAGAUGCUCCUGAUGAUGAAAUAAAAAAGGCAUACAGGAAACUAGCGUUGAAAUGGCAUCCAGACAAGAAUCUCGAAAGCCCAGAUGAAGCUAAAGAACAGUUCCAGCUUAUCCAACAGGCGUGGGAGAUAUUGAGCGAUUCCCACGAACGUGCUUGGUACGACAAUCAUCGAGAGGCCAUCCUGAAGGGUGGUAUCGGAGAGGAUUACAAGGAUGACUCCAUUAAUCUUUUCCUAUAUUUCUCUCUCUCAUGCUUUAAAGGUUACGGAGACGAUGAGAAGGGUUUCUAUACCAUCUACAGAAACGUUUUUGAGCAAUUGGCAGCGGAGGACGCCGAGUUUGCCAAAGACGGCGAGUCUGAUGAAGAGGUUCCCAGCUUCGGCGACUCCCAGAGUUCAUACGAAGAUGUGGUAGGCGAUUUCUACGCCUACUGGCAGAGUUACAGCACCAAGCGAUCCUACGCUUGGCUGGAUCCGUACGAUAUACGUGAAAUGCGGAAUCGACGCAUUCUCAGAAUUGCCGAGAAAGAGAACAAGAAAGUGCGCGAUAAGGCGAGGCGUGAGAGGAAUGAGCAGGUGCGGAAUUUGGUUGCCUUUGUCCGCAAACGCGACAAGCGAGUACAAGCAUAUGCAGCGAAGCUAGCUGAACGCGCUCGCGAGAACUUUCGCAAGGCAGAGGAGCGAAGGAAGGCACAUCUAUUGGAGAGGCAGAAAUUAUUGCGAGAUCAGAUCGAAUCUGAAUGGUCCAAGUUCUCGAACAUGGAAGCAGAGCUGAAGAAUAUCGAGGCGAAUCUAACGGCAGAAUUUGGAACAGAUGACAGGAAAGUAACAACAAGAAAUAGUAAUCCAGAAGCGUUUUACUGUAUCGCCUGUGAUAAGGUUUUCCAAACGCACAAGACCUUUACAAAUCAUGAGAAUUCAAAAAAACAUAAAGAAAAUGUCAGCGCACUCAAGUACGUUACACCGAACGACGUCGAGGACGAGGACCUCCACAGUAGUUCUCGGGAAAGCGAUUCGAGUACAAAAGAAGAAUCAGUUUCGUUAAAUGGACCCAGGUUAGCAACAGAUUCACAGAUGCCCGAUUUCUUGUUAAAUCUUCCUCGUAGCGACUCAAGACGGAACGAUGACGAGGAUAACAGUAAUCUCUCUCCUGCCGAACUGACGUCGGACGUUGAGGAAAAUCCAGAAUGUUCUCAAUCAACAAUCGACAAAAAGAAGAUAAACAACUAUGGAGAUGUCCUAUUGGCUGCGGCAUCAGAGAUGGGCGAAAGUACAUCAUUUUCAUCUAAAGUGGAAAAUGAAGAUGAUGAUAUAACAUCCGAGGACGAAUUAAUGUCUGAUCAGGAUGAAGACGUCGCAUUGCCGAAUCGUCAGAAGAAAAAGAAGAAGAGAAAACGUAAUAUUCAGAAUCCUAAUCCUAUGCUUGAACUUGCUAGUGAUGACGACACGGAGAGCAUUAACGAGGAAAUAUGGCUGUCGAAAAAACAACGAAAAAAGUUACAACAGAGAAAAGUGGAGAUAAAUAAACAGUUGCGAAAGGAAGAGACGCGUAAAGAGGAACAAGAAACAGAGGAAACAGAAAGUGAAGGGAUGGAAGAAGCAAGUGUUAUUAACGAAAGACUGAAAACCGACAAAGCAAAGAAAAAUUCUAAGAAAGAGGAACGAGAGAACAGGGGCAAAAAUAAAAAGGAUCCGAUUGUGAAUAUGGAUGAAUUGGCUCAUCGCUGUGUUUCUUGCUCAUCCGAGUUUUCUAGCAAAAAUAAACUAUUUGAGCAUUUAAAGAAAACUGGACACUCCGUAUAUAUACCAGAAUUAUCGAAAAAUAAAAAGAGUCAAGAGAAGAAGAAAAAAGCAACAUCUAAAGAAAAAGACGACUCAGAUAAGAAAAAACGUUGAAUCCAACUUAUUAUGAAAUGUUAAAUUAUUAUCAUAAUUAAAUAAUAACAGUUUAAUUUGUUAUAAUUGACAUGAAAGAUAUCUUAUGUAUGAUACACACCCCCUCAGGAUUCUAUAUAGGAAUUACGUUUUUGUGUAUAUAUCUUGGAUGAUCUUGUACAAAAACCUAUUAAAAUAUUUAUAAUUUGAUGACACCUCCAAUUUCUUUAGGACAAUAUUAUCAAUUUAUAAAACGACGAUUAGCAAUCGAAUGUAAAUGUGUU